GGAAAGGCUUCCUUAAGCCUCUACUUAGAAGGUCACGUCUCAGCUGUGCUAGCUAAAGAAGUGGCCAGGCGCUAGCUGACACUGAUAGGCACACUUAGACAGCUAGCCUUUAGCACCACUUUAAUUCAUCUGGCCGUAACUCUUGCAACUAUGCAGGAAUUUGCGAAUCAAUUAUGUGAGAAUCGACAAUUUGGAUUCAAGAUGACAGACUCAAAGUAUUUCACCACCACCAAGAAAGGGGAGAUCUUUGAACUCAAGGCAGAGCUGAACAGUGAUAAGAAAGAGAAGAAGAAGGAGGCUGUGAAGAAGGUCAUUGCAUCUAUGACAGUUGGCAAAGAUGUCAGCGCUCUGUUCCCGGAUGUUGUGAACUGCAUGCAGACAGACAACUUGGAACUGAAAAAACUGGUCUACCUCUACCUGAUGAACUAUGCCAAGAGUCAGCCAGACAUGGCUAUCAUGGCUGUUAACACCUUUGUGAAGGACUGUGAAGACCCCAACCCUCUCAUCCGGGCCCUUGCUGUUCGUACAAUGGGCUGCAUUCGUGUGGACAAGAUCACAGAGUACCUCUGUGAGCCACUGAGGAAAUGUCUGAAGGAUGAAGACCCAUAUGUGAGGAAGACGGCUGCUGUGUGUGUAGCAAAGCUCCAUGAUAUAAACGCCCAGUUGGUGGAGGACCAAGGCUUCCUGGACACCCUUAAAGACCUCAUCUCUGACUCUAACCCUAUGGUUGUAGCAAAUGCAGUGGCAGCGCUGUCUGAGAUAGCAGAGUCUCAUCCCAACAGUAAUCUACUGGACCUAAACCCUCAGACCAUCAACAAGCUGCUGACAGCUUUAAAUGAAUGUACAGAAUGGGGACAGAUAUUCAUUCUUGACUGUCUGGCCAAUUACACACCUCGUGAUGAUCGUGAGUCUCAAAGCAUCUGUGAGCGUGUGACCCCGCGGCUCUCCCAUGCCAACUCUGCAGUGGUGUUGUCAGCAGUUAAAGUUUUAAUGAAGUUCAUGGAGAUGUUGCCCAAAGACCUGGACUACUAUGGCACCCUGCUGAAGAAGCUCGCCCCUCCACUGGUCACGCUACUCUCUGCCGAGCCAGAGUUGCAAUAUGUGGCCCUUAGAAACAUCAACCUCAUUGUACAGAGACGGCCAGAGAUCCUGAAACAUGAGAUGAAGGUUUUCUUUGUGAAGUACAAUGAUCCAAUCUAUGUCAAACUGGAGAAGCUGGACAUUAUGAUUCGCCUAGCAUCUCAAGCCAACAUUGCCCAGGUGCUGGCUGAACUCAAGGAAUAUGCCACAGAGGUGGAUGUGGACUUUGUCCGUAAAGCGGUCAGAGCCAUUGGCCGCUGUGCCAUCAAAGUAGAGCAAUCAGCAGAGCGCUGUGUUAGCACCCUGCUAGACCUCAUCCAGACCAAGGUCAACUAUGUGGUGCAAGAGGCUAUUGUGGUCAUCAAGGAUAUCUUUCGCAAAUACCCCAACAAGUAUGAGAGUGUGAUUGGCACUCUCUGUGAAAACCUGGACUCCCUGGAUGAGCCAGAGGCACGUGCUGCCAUGAUCUGGAUUGUAGGAGAGUAUGCCGAGCGCAUCGACAAUGCUGAUGAGCUGCUUGAGAGCUUUUUGGAGGGUUUCCAUGAUGAAAGCACUCAGGUGCAGCUGCAGCUACUGACAGCAAUUGUCAAGUUGUUCCUGAAAAAGCCUACAGAGACCCAGGAGCUGGUGCAGCAGGUGCUAAGCCUGGCCACACAGGACUCUGAUAACCCAGACCUCAGGGACCGUGGCUACAUCUACUGGCGUCUGCUCUCCACUGACCCUGUAGCUGCUAAGGAGGUGGUUCUGGCUGAGAAGCCCCUGAUCUCUGAGGAGACAGAUCUGAUUGAACCCACACUGCUGGAGGAGCUCAUCUGCCACAUUGGCACUCUGGCCUCUGUCUACCACAAGCCACCAAGUGCCUUUGUCGAGGGCAGCCGCGGUGUUCAGCACAAGAGACUCGCUGGCAGUGCUGGAUCUGGGGAGAGUGUUGAGAGCCCAGAUGCAGGUUCUGCUGCUGGAGCUUCUGAGGCACCCCCUGCUGUCAUCCCAUCCCAGGGAGACCUCCUGGGAGAUCUGCUCAAUCUGGACCUGACACCUCCUACCACUGCUGGACCACCACCACCCCCGUCUUCUGGAAUGCAGAUGGGUGCUAUGGACCUUCUUGGAGGAGGACUGGACAGUCUGCUUGGUGGAGACCUUGGAGGAAGUCCUGCUAUGGGAGCUGGUUUUGCUGCUCCUCCAGCUGCAAUGCCAGCGUCUUUCAGUGCCCCCGUUAGCAGUGGUCUGGAUGACCUGUUUGAUCUCGGAGGUGGGGUCGGUAUGCCUAUGGGAGCCUACAGUCCCCCUAAAACAGUUUGGCUUCCAGCCAUGAAGGCCAAGGGUCUGGAGAUAUCGGGCACUUUUGCCCGUCGUGCUGGGGUCAUUCAAAUGGAGAUGACCCUCACUAAUAAAGCUAUGAGUGUCAUGACUGAUUUUGCCAUCCAGUUUAAUAGAAACAGCUUUGGUCUCGCCCCAGCUGGUCCACUCCAGGUUCUCAGUCCUCUUAGCCCUAACCAGAGUAUUGAAGUGACUCUUCCCCUCAAUACUGUUGGCCCUGUCAUGAAGAUGGAUCCUCUCAAUAAUCUGCAGGUGGCUGUUAAGAACAACAUUGACGUAUUCUACUUCAGCUGCCAGUACCCCAUUAGCAUGUUGUUCGUAGAGGACGGGAAGAUGGAGCGACAGGUGUUCCUCGCCACAUGGAAAGAUAUUCCUAAUGACAAUGAGUCCCAGUUUCAGAUCAAAGACUGCCAUCUGAGUUCAGAUGCAUCAUCCAGCAAACUGCAGGGCAGCAACAUAUUCACCAUAGCCAAGCGAACAGUGGAGGGGCAGGACAUGCUGUAUCAGUCCAUGAAACUCACCAAUGGCAUCUGGUUGCUGGCUGAGCUGAGAGUGCAGACAGGAAACCCAAACUAUACGGUCUGUCUAAAGUGCAGAGCUCCAGAGGUUUCCCAGUGUGUGUUCCAGAGUUACGAGGCAGUGCUGAAGAAUUGAAAAAUGGCCCCCUGACUACUGUGCUGCUGUCUCUCCUUCUCUCCCCUCACCCAUGGACCAUAGUCCAUUGUCACGCAGCGCAGGCACCACUUCCUGCUAUGUUGGGCCUGCAGGCUGCACUCUGUUUGUCAUGCAGCUGUUUAAUUAGGAUGGUUAAUGAUCUGUUUUCCCAUUUUGAACUAUCAUCAACUUUGUUUUGCUUCUUAAUUUUUCCAAGACUGCAGAGAUUUCUGGUUCACUUUCUUGGCUAGCAUUAUCUUAUCCCUUCUUGGUGUGUUUUUUGUUUCAGUUUCAGCACAAUACAUGUAUAAAUUAUCUAAAUGAACUGAGUAGGUCCUUCACUUCUCCCUGCUUGUUUUCCUGCGACUUUUUUUCCCCCCUUGCAUGAGGCUCUUUAAUCACUGUCUAGCCCCACUCCUCUGCAAAUUGGAGUCUGUUUUUAGCAUCUGCAAUCAGCAGGUGGAUCAUCACUGUCAGCAUAUUUAUAAGGGGUACUUUUCAGUUAAAAUGCAGCAAUAAAAAAGGCUUUAAUUCUCCUUACCCUUCUGUCUGUGCAACAUGAAAGAUGGCUGACUGGGCCUUAGAAGAGACACAUAAAUAAUUAGAUACUACGAAAACUACAUUAUUGUUGUCAUUUUAUAGAUGUCCCUUAGGCAUCUGUGGUUAGCAGUGGGAGCAGAUCCUCUGCUGUCCCCAAGAGCAGAAUGUCUGAUGUGUGCAGUAUGCAUGGCAACAGUGUUGGUGUGUUUCUUUUUAAUUUUUACAUCCAUAUCUGGACAAUUUAUAAAGUAGCAGCAGCCAUCCACUGACUGCUCUCUUUCUGAGUCAUUCCAUGGUCUAAUUUGUGUUUGUCGUCUUGACAGUGUACAUGUGGCAAACUGGGAGAGAGCCUCAGGUGUUGAAGAUUUUGUAUAUACUGCUUCCCUCUGUAUCAGUGACAACAACUCGGGCUCUCUCUGCCACUUUGCUCUCUCUUCAAGUACCAUGGCCACCUGAGGUGAAGUCUCAGGUGAGAACUGAUGUCAUGGUUUGUAACACUUGUGAUAAUAAGUGUAUAUGCAGGUAGCACACACUGUCAUAGCUGAAACAGGAAUGGAACAACAUCCAGUGUUUCUGUGUUACCCACAGACUACAGAUUAAUUGGAUUCCUUUUUUUUUGAGUCUUUGCUCUGAAGCCCUUUUCAUCAGCUCUACAGGAUAUGUGCGCCCACGCUAACGCAUUAACACAUUUCAACAGAGGUGGCUGCGUACACAGAAUCUGUGUCUUUGUGUGUGGUGAUGGCUGAGUCAUAUGAAAUGCUGCAACAAAAAAAAGUUUAAUUACGUGCUGGUUGACAUGAUUUUGUUCAUUGUCUGUACAUCAUUUGAAAAAAAAACUAUUAAAACUCUUAUUCACGUGA